AUGUGGUGCAUGGAGCGGCUACGCCAGGGUCCAGAGUGCUUCUUACGGCGAGGGAAUGGUGUGCUCGGCGGCGAAACCCGCCGAAACGCCGCGGUUGCGCCCAUCGCGUGUGCCAACGUGCUCACCCCGGACAGCAUCCCCGACUUCUGCAUCCCACCGCGGCUCGCGCCUGGUCCGGCCUCAGCCACGAUCCGGAGUUCCUGGGUCGAAGAGGUGCGGGCAGACGAGGGUGCCGCUCGCACAGACUGGGACCCCAGAUCUCAGGCCGCGCUCUCGUUGCCGCACCUGCCCCGUGCGCGCACCGCCUAUGGCUUCUGCGCACUGCUCGAGAGCCCGCACACCCGCCGCAAGGAGUCACUCUUCCUCGGGAACCCCGGCGCCGUAGCGCCCUUGCGGCCACCAGCCGCCCGGCCGGUGCCCAGCCUCCCGACCCACACCUACAGCGGCGGGAGCCGAGAACGAGGCGUUCACUGCGUGCCCCAGGGCGUCUCGCGAACCCUUGGCGGAGCCUUUAACGCCACCCCCGUGGCCCCCGCCGGCCCUCGCUCGCCCUGGGACACGCUCACUUCGCGGCCCCAGAGCCGCCGUCUCCUACGCGCCUCCGACCGGCUGCUGAGCCGCGCGCUGCGAGCCCGGAGAAGUCGCGGUUCGGCCCGCGCCCGCUCCGUCUCCAGCAGAGACCAGGACAAGGAGCGCUGCGCCUGUUCCGGGCCGCCCACCCCGCCCUCGUCUGAAUCCCCACCGCCGCCAGUCCCGGUCCCGCGGCCCGAGCGUCUGGAGGCCGAGGGCACCGUGGCUCUGGGGCGCGCCGGCGGCGCCCUGCGCCUUGCCGCCGAAUACUGCCCGGGCAGCGGGCGCCUCCGCAUUCGGCUGCUGUGCGCCGAGGGCCUGGCCUGGGGUGCUGAGGGACCCCGCGCCCUAGGCUACCGAAUCAGCUUCGUUUUGCAGUCCUGCGGAAAGACGCGCAAGCAGCGCAGCGCCGUGGUCCAACGGAGUCGCAACCCGGAGUUCGACCAGGAUUUCUGCUUUGAUGGGGUCUCAGAGGAGGAGGUGCGCUGCAUGGCCGUGCGUGUCAAGGCCAAGCACAAGGGCCGGGGCCUGGAGCGGGACCGUGAACUGGGCCAGGGCGAGCUGCUGCUGGGCUCCCUCCUGCUCCUCUGAGGAGACCCUCGGACUCUGACAGUCAUUUUGUACAAAACAAAUGUUUGUUUUUCUACUCGGGUCUUUCUUUUAGCCAGUAUUGACAGCUAAUACUGAAUCAUCACAGUAAAGGAUGUAAAUUUUUGCACACUCUCAAAAUUCUCAGCAAAAGUAACGGUGUGCAGCAGUAGUGUUUCUCAUCUCAGAAACCCAAUUGCAUUUCAUGUGUUCCACACACUCUUAUUGGUUGAUAAUGAACCACAAGAUCUAUUAGCCCUAAUCUCCUCAUUUUGAAGUUUCUCCAUUCCACAAUAUCCAUUGAGACUAUCUUAAAGCAUUUAUGACUUUUGAAGCAUUGUUUCAGACCCUGGACAAGAAUGAGGCCAAGAGGGGUGGAGUGACUUGUCCAAGGUCAGCAGUGAAUUAUUAGUAGGAACUCCAAUCUGAUAUUCUUGGCUACACCUUGUUGGAAAAGCAUUAGAAAAAUCAGAACCAUUUUAAUGUUCUGACACUAAAUAAUAACUGUAACAGCUUUACAAGUAUUAACUUGUUUAAUUAUUAAAGUAACUCCGAAAAAUAGUCAUUGCAUUACAGAUGCAUAUAUUGAGACACAGAAUAAAGGGCAGCGUCAGGAUUUGAACACUUGCAAGUAGUGUGUUGUACUCACUACUUGUAAUACCACAAUUACCUAAAGGGCCCAUCUCAGCUUUGUGAGACUCUGCAACUCUUAUCUGAAAUUGACUCUGAGUUGGUGCUUCCUCACAUUCCUCACCCUCUAGUGGAAAAGCAAAUUGGUUGAAAUGAGCAAUUCAUUACUUCAUGCUAAUGGCUUCAGAUGUUGAGAUGAGCUAGUAGGUCUAAGGCCGACUAGCCUCAGAGCCAUAGAAAUAGGGGUGCCAGCCUGAUUGGAACCAAGUGAGCUAAUCCACCAGGGCAGGGAGUCUGGGAUAUGCAUACAACACUGCCCUAUCUCUGGCUUCAGGUAAUAAUAAUAGAUUUACUAUGUUUUAAAGAAUGUUUUUCCUUCAUUCCUCACAUUCAUUGCUAGUCAAGCAUUUUUUUACCUUUCUUAUGUAUAUAGGAGGAAAGUGUGUCCUAAAUGAGGGUUUAAAAUGUUGAAAAUAUUUAAGUAUGUGGUAUGGUGUCAAAUAUGACUAUAUUAUGGGUCUGGAUUCAGAAAUGGACUUGCUUUCACUAAACAUGUUAACAAUUUUACCCAUUGGGGCUCAUGAAAAAGAGUGUUUAGAAAAGAUUCAGUUUCAGUCACAGCUCAGACAUAAUUUGAAAAUGGGUUGUUGUGGUGGGUAUUUACAAAGAGAACAAUCAAACAAAUGUGAAGAAUAACUGUGAAGUCAACUCUAUCAAAAUAAACCACAUCCAGAAGCUUGCAAUUGUUGACCAAAUGAAUGAUGACUUAACAGUACUUCAGGCUAUCAUGUGCUCUUCUAUCCAUUCCA